AUGAACUCCCUCUACUUGUUGGCUCUUUUCGUGCCUCUGGCAAUGUCCACCGCGCCCAUCACGUCGCAGAUCAACAAACCAAUUGCCGGAGGGCAAUUCACCUACUACGAUGCCGUAGGCAAUGGAGCGUGCGGCGAGCCGUUGAAGAAGUGCACCGCCGCUCUUUCCGCCAAACUCUUCGAUCCCGCCGCCAAAUGGGGCCCAUCGCCAAAGGAUGCGAGCAAAUAUGUGUUGCAAGACCCUGCGUGCAAUGACUUGUGUGUCAAGAUUGAAUAUAAGGGAAAGACGUAAGUUUUAUGAUUGCAAUCGCCUCUCGCAGCUAUCUGUGUGUCCGAAAAAUAAUGAGCAAGAUGUCGCAUUGAAAAUCGCAUCGCCACCGAGAAAAUGAAUUGUGUCGCGGCGAAAUCAAAUUUCUUUUUACCUCACCGACGCAAUUGGCGCAGCGACAGAGAGCUCAUUAUUUUCCCGACAGACUAAAAUUAGUAUUUUCAAAAGCGCGUAGACUUUUUGUCGUGGGCCGCACAGUGCGUAAAAACACCCAAUUUUGCACCGUGCAUUACACAUUUUUUGCUUUUUGUAUUGUACGCCGAAAUAUCGCUGCACCUUUUUUUGGAAACCAAGUUUCAACCAUAUGUGUCGCUCCGUGCAUUCACCUUUUUUUGGUUUUGCACUGACUGUAUAGUAAAUCCUAAAUUCUUCAGCGCCUCCUUCCCCAUUCAAGACAAGUGCCCCGGCUGCGAACCAAACCAUGUUGACCUCUCCGAGGACGCCUUCAAGGUGUUGGAGUCCAAUCUUGGCGUUGGAAAGGCAACUCCCGCCACGAUCACCUAUCUGCCCUGCAGUCAGACCAAGAUCAGCUGUUAA